AUGGGUAAUAGUAACAAAGUUUAACAGAAUGUUAUUCAUAUUGAAUUUAUGACUGCAAAAUAAAAAAUACGGAAAGAUAAAGCCUUAAUCAAGAAUAAAGUUGAUUAAAGCAAUAAUGAACAUCUUUAGGAUAUAAUAUGCAUUUAAGAUUUAACUUAGUAUUAUGAAGUUGACUUUAGAUAAACAAUAUUAACAUCAGAUGAAACUAUACACGUAAAGGUAAUUUAUAUCUAUAAGAAAGAAAAUUGUUGAUCUUGUUGUUAAUCCAAAUUCAAAGACUCCAAAUAAUUUAAUAUAAAUCAGUGAGUUCUUUAAAUAGAAUGUCAAGUCCUUUUAGAUAUUUUUCAAUAAUCAAAUGUUCUCCCAAGAUGAGUAAUAAUAUUAAUUUGCUUAUGAACCACUCUAUAUUGAAGUUAUUUAUAAACCAAAACACUGGAUGGAAAAAGCUGUAGAAAAAUUUAAAACUUAUAGUAAUAAGAUUAUGUCAGCUCUUGGAUUUAUUUCAAAGUUUGCUUAUAUAGCCAUCCCUUUAUAUACAAGUUUGUCUGCUUUAUAACCCUUUUUAAUGCCUACUCUAAAGACAGCUAAAGUUGCUUUGAGAUCAACUUAAAAUCCUUAAACUCAAACAGCUCAAAGUGUAGUUAAGUUUUUGAUUAAUACAUUAAAAAGAGCAUCAUAUAUUGCUGCUCCAUUAUUAUCUAUAGUGGGACAAUAUAUGCCAAUGUCAAAAACAAUGGUUGCAGGUAUAGGUCUAUACUUAGGAAAAGGAAUGUUAUGGAAUGUGAUCAAGUUAUGUAUAACAAUAUUUUGUCCUUUUGUGGCACCAUUACUAAUGAUAUUUGGAUGA